GUUUUUCUUUAGAACUAUUAUGUGUAUAUAUAUUAUUAAAAACGGCCGGCCGUUUUUAAUAAUAAAAAUUUUCGUUACUGCAAGAGAUCAGUGUUAAGUGAGCCCCGCGGGGAUAAUUGAAGAACAACGACAUUACCGAUCGUUUUAGCCGAGGAUAACAAACACGAUCGUUUUGUGUAUCAAAUCUAUUUUGUUAUCGACAGUGGAAAAUGGAAAGUUUACAUGAAUUGUUUUUCAAUUAAAGUUAAGUUAGAAUUUAAAUUUGACAGUUCUUGAACACAUAUAUAUGCUUAGUCGUAAACUCCAGCUAUCUCCGGCUAACGGGACACUGCGCCCUGCGGGACACUUCGGGAAUAGGUUAUGGGACGUUCCUGAUGAAAUGUGCUGGUGCAGUGCUGGUGUCGCCAAUCUCAGGUUUUUCUUCAAUAAAAAAAUAUGGCGUCGUCCAUGAAGCACGUGUGCGGAUGAACACCGGUAAACACGAGUUACGAGAAUGGAUACGACUGGCAAGCCGAAAAAGGCACGCAAGCGGACCUCGAGGAACGAGAGUGAGACGUCGUUAAAAAAGGCGAAGAUCAACGAAGAAGUACUUGAACGUGAAGUAGUACGUGAAAACGUAGAUUCCGAUAGAGAUGACACGAACGACGUCGACAGGCAGGAUAUAUUUAACGGGCAAUCUCUCAGAACGCUUUUUUCCUCCUCCUCUUCUACCAAUAACUUGGCCGUGCUGAGGAAAUUUGUGACGGUAUGCAACGAGAACAAAGAGAUGGACCUCGCGGCAGAGUAUCUGCUCACCGGUGGCAGUGUCCUCGAGGUUCUGAAGUUGUUAGACAAGAAGAAUACCGCCAAUGCUACCACUGUCUUCGCCGCAACCCACAUCUUGCUGAUGAGGAUCUUGACGGAGUGCUCCCAGUACCAAAAUAGCGCGAUAGAAGCCUGUCGUCAUCUAUUGAAUUCGCACAUGUCGGUCGUGCAUUCCAUGCUUUCAAUUCAGAGCAGUGCCAAGCAGCGUAAGGUGGUACUGAGGCUGCUGGCGGCGAUAGCGUCUCUGGACAGCGGUCUGUCCAGAGAGCUGCUCAUCCACCUGUCGCUGCAGCAGCAAACGUUGGAGAGUCUGGUGCAGCAGACCAAGCCCACGGAUCCUCAGAGCGUCAGAACGUGUUUCAUUCACUUUGUUCUUGCCUUUCUCGUGGAAGGUAACACGUUGGUGAUCAGAACGCUCUUGGACAAGCGCAGUCUGCUCUGCUGCAUUUUCUCGGAUCUGCUGUACGAUUCGAAAGAUACUGUCACCUUGGUUCUGACCACUGUGAAGACGUAUGUGCUCGAGAAUAUUGGCGUUAGUAAAACUAUGAAGAUGCACGUAUUCUCUGUGCCUGCUAUAUUGAAUCUGAUAUCGUUGUACAACUGGAAGGGCCCGAACAAUUGGUCCAAAAACAAAACUCAUAGUGUUGACGAUAGUGAGAACUUUCUCGCAGACAAAAAGGUCAUUAGUGACAUAGUACAUGAAUUCUUAAUCAUUUUGUUAACGUCACAUCGUCAUGGAGUUAUUUUCCAUGACCGAACACUGGGUAGUUCGCGAAGUAAGCACAAUCAACUGGUACAUACGAUCCUGCAGAGCUUGGAGAAACCUUGGGAACAUGAAAAGCCAUCGGAUCUGAUUGUUAGAAUAAUGGCCGCCUGCCCGGAUCUAAUUCGUUCGCAGUAUAAUGCCGUCGAACCGUUUCUUGAACCCCGAAUGUCACCCAAGUGGAUUUCUCUCCUCAAAUUUAUAGAAAAGAUAGUGAAGUCAGUCAAUCCGGUUAGCUGCAUAAAAAAUUGCACUGCGGAAUUGAAGGCGAACAAUUUGAUAAGCGCGUUACUUUCACUGGCGGUUCCAAGCGCGAUUGUAAAAGUCGCUGUCUUACCAGGGUUAGAUCACGAUAGUCUCCUCGUUAGACACGAGGCUUUGUCUCUUCUCCUAACAAUGACUAACCAGCUGAAAGUCAUUUCUUCGGCUACGAAGGAGUUCUAUAAAAUAUCUACAGUCCGCAGUCAGAUAACAGAUUUCAUUCUUAGGGCUGUCCCCUCUUUGGAAACUAUUUUACGAUUGUGGAACCGAGCCUUUGAAAAUGACACUGACGUGAAAGCUUCGGAAAGUACGGAUGGCAUUCAGAAUCCGGAAUUGCUGGAUCAUCUCGAUACUAUCUUAAGCGUUCUUCACUCGUAUCAAGAUAUAUGUCCAGAAUUGUUAGAUGUUUCAACAAAUUUACAGCCGGAUUUGUUGCUAUCGAGUUUAAAUAAUCUCCAAGAAGAUGAAGGAGAACCUAUCAAGAUGGAGAAAGUAAAUUGCAUGAAAGUCAAGACAAUACAAUUCCUGCUCGCAUUGGACUCUUCCAUUUUUGUGCCCAGAGAAAAAGCUUUCAAGGAAGUUCUUGUCUUCUUGAUAUCUCUGAUCCGUCAGAAGGAUCCGUCACCGGAUAGCUACAGUGCUAUUAGAACGCUGCUAAACACAACGGGUCUGUUCGAAGCCUGCGAGGAUCAGCUGGACAUUUGGAUCAAUGGCUUUUCAGUGGUCGCGGAUUCUACAGAGAACGAGCAGUUGACACGAUGGUUUAUGUCUGUCCUGAAAAGCGCCAUUAAACACAUCGACAAGUACAUAAGUAUCAUAACACAAGCGGAAGGAGGGAUAAACGAUCAGAUAGCUAAUCUCAAUGUUAAAAAGGCGGAGGAUAUAAUUAAUGAGCUAUUUGAUGAAACUAACAAAAUCACCGGCCAAGAAGAAUUUUCUGCAGUAGGAUCGUCUUUAAUCAAUGGACAAUUUAAUCUUGAUGAUAGGAAGGCUGAUACAAUUGACGAUAGCUUUAAAUUUAACCAAAAUUCGAAAGAUAUUAAACACACCAAGUGUAUAGCACAGGGGAACGAUCAAGCGAUUAAUUUUGAUACAAAAGAGAUGGAGGAUAUAAUCAGUCAGCUACUUGAUAAGAAUCUGAAGAGCUUCUCUUUUAACAAAGACUAUCAUAAAAUUCUAUCUACGUUACCAUUUUUAACGAAUAAAUUUACUGAUCUUGAUAAAAAGGAAAUGAAUGAGGGAAUUGAUGCUCUCUUUAAUAAUAAUAAUAAUAAUUUUAGUAAAGAGAAUUCUUGUAGAAUGCAGGCCUGCACGGCAGUAUCGCCACUUCUAUGCUGUGCGCUGCAAAAAAUAAGUGAGAAAGAUUGCACUACUACGAUCUUGGCUUAUUUAUCCUACGUGAUGGUCCACACUUUACACUACCAAGUCGCACCGGAUUUGCUGACUUUUAUGACAACAGAUUUGACCAACUUACCAAUUUACAAAUACUUGCAAAGUUGGUCAAGUGGCAAGCAACCAAUUUCCUUGAAGAACAAGCUGCCGUCUCUAAGAUUGUUGCAUAAAUUGAGCAAUAUAUUGCUGGCAGAUUCCAAGAUGGACGUAGCUGAAUUCUCGAAAUUGUUCAAUAACGGUCAUUCGACGUAUUGUUUUAAAUACGGCGACGAGGAAGUCACCAUUGAGCACUCCUUAUCUUUAUACGAUGUCAAGAUUUUGUUGAAGAUGACCGUAUUUUAUUUAGCACAAUUGGCGCAGUCGAAAGUCUUGCGGCAGGCUCAAAAUGAAAAUUGCAAGCUCGUGCUUGCGUUUCUGUUGAACAUUCCACAAUCUGUUGAAUCGAAUCGAGAAAAUGCAAGAUGUAUCUUUACUCAUCCUAUUCUGCUGCAUUAUUUCUCGCCAUUUUGUGGAGAAAUCUCAAAAGAUUCGGCGGAAGGUAUGAUCACGGAUACCAUUUUGAAGAUCUGCGAAUCUGUCUUACACUUGUACGGGAAACAUGAUGAGGCAGGGGUUUAUAAUAUUUUCUUUACAUUUAGAAGUAAGUACCUGACGCAAUUGAGGAAUAUUAUCGAGAGGAAUUCCCUGGAAGCUUGCAGUAAUAAUUAUGAUAUCGCCAUCGAAUUAUUGAAAAUAUUGCAGCUGGAGGCGAAAGAUAUCGCGAGCCUGUUGCUCGCAUUGAUGAAGUUGGAGAAGACCAUAUUUAUUUCGAACGACAAGCAAAACCUGUCCGUAUUCGGACGCAUCGUUCCGGUGUUGCUAGAUAUGUAUUGCAGCAGGGAGUCAAGAUUACGCGAUUUGUUGAACGAGCAAUUUGUAGAAAGAUUUAGCUUGCACUUGAUUCACCUGAAGUCCAGUAAGACAAAGCACACGGACGAUUGGGAGCGAGCCCUGGCAAGAUACCUGUCCAUCUUUCCGCAAAACGUUUCCGGCGUCAGUACCAAUACUUUCGCGCUAUUGCUAACGAAAGGUAUUAUCUCGUCCACGAUCCAGCUGAUAACGACCUUGAUCACCAAGAACACAAGGCUGAUCUCAUCGCUGGUGAAAUACUUUCUCAGGGUAGAAAAUAUGAAGCAAGGGGAUGUUGUGUUUCCAAUAUUGGGCAGCAGUUUGAAGCACAAGUGGAACGAAAAGUUUCUUCGUAGUCUUUACGAGGGCUACGGCAGCGACAUUACCGCGUACGUAACCGGGCCACAAAAUCCCGUUCCCUGGAUCGAAGAAAACGCAGCGGCGAUCGUCUACCUCAUCGAAAGCACUUUCGAUCUCGCUCUGUGCGAGAGAAUCUGCGACACCGUUUCUCAGAACGGCGACAAGUUGGAUAUGGUGUCCGUUUGUUUCGUCCAGCUGCUGGAAAGUGUAUAUAAGAGGUACGAGAGUCUGAUAGCGGCUAAAGAGAAACCAUCGAUGGAUCUGAUAAGAGUGCUGCUGCACGUCAUGACAUCGACAUUGAAGAAGGAAUCGAAGAACAUCGAAAAAAUCAAAGUCCUGUGCGAGAAGCUAAAUGAUGCAGUGGUUCGUUUGAAAAGGACUGACGAUAAGUUCGUCUUCAGUUCAUUAAGCAAGAGUUACUCAUGGCCGCAGUUCACCAGAUUUUCCUUAAAGUUAGGUCUGAAAGACGCGAAGGACGAGGAGACUCAAUCCAGUGUAUUGAAAACCCUGAGUAAUUUAUGCGAUAUUGCUUAUGGAGAUAAUAUUGACGAUGAAUACGCGAAGACGUUGUUCGAAAUGACGACGUCCCACUCGGAGUUUGUUAAUAUUAUGCUUGGAUCAUCCACUGUUAAAGGCGACCUGGUCGACUUACUGAGGAUACUUACUCGAAAGAAUCACUCUGUAAUGACAGUCUCGCACGUGCCUCUCUAUCUUGCGGCAUACAAUGCCACCCUUUGCCAUGUCGAUCAGCGCAUUUUGCAGAUUCUUCAGUAUUAUGAAACUCAUAACGUUAAGCUUCAACAGUACUGGCCGUACUUGUGGGGAAACGCCGCAGCAACACGUUAUAGCGUAAAGGGUGAGACAGAUACUGCCCUGUGGAGACAACCUUCCACUUCCGAGGUCUUUAACUUAUUCAAUAAGGACAUUGUUAACGAGACUAUAAAAAAUUAUCCCAUACACAGAGCAUUUAAGAACGAUGAACUACAUGAGGACAGUAAUGUGUAUGAUCCGGCAUUCUAUCUGCCGUUGCUGUGUACUCUGUUGGCGGAAAAUAAUAUCGUUGCGUGUCACAAAAUAAGCCAGAGUGGUGCAUUAGCGCUAGUAUUUGCCGCAUGUUGUAGUGAUUCGAGCGACAUUCGGAUGAUUGCGUACACCGUCGUCUCUAGAUAUUACUUCCAUUUGGAAGCGUCUAAAUCCAAAGAAAAGCUAUUAUGGAUACGUCUAAUUGACGCUUUUCGAAACGGAGUUGUUUCCUUAAAAUGCGGAUUGAAGAAUGUCCGCCUGAGUUGUCUGAUGACCACCUUCCUAGCUAGGGCCUCGCUAGUCGCCAGUCAACCUCUGCACCCGCUUUACUCACCGUUGCACACUUUCCUAAUGGCCAAAACCGCGCUGGACCUAAGUACUAUACCGGAGCUGUUGCAGUUGUUGCACAGCUCGCAUGUGGAACAUAACGCGCAUCGGCACUGGAUCUUGGAGAACAUCCGGGAUGGCAUGAAGGAGGAAAGCGAUGUAAACGUGGCUCUGAAAUGUAUGUUGUUCAAAAUUCUGCUCGAUUUUCACAUUUGUGCACUGCCGGACGCCAAAACCAAGACACUAAUUUUGGAAGUCAUUGUCUCUACUACCAGAAUUCCCAAAGCAUCUUUACUUCUCACACGAGGAUAUGGCAUGCUUCCUUGGCUGCACGAGAUUCUCAAUCACAUGGAUAUUUGUGAAGGAGAAAUCAAAACUAUCAUUAUUAUAAUUGAGAAUCUGCUAAACACCCUGGAUAAUUCGACACAAGAUAUUAAUCAUUACAAAUUCCUGUUACUUAGCUUUCUUUUUUUAUUACAAAUGCAUUUAAAAAAUAGAACAUAAAGUUUAUACCAUGUUGUAUUUUCUUGUAAUAAUUAUUUUUUAAAUAAAACAGAUGUAUAAUAUGUACAAAGAUGGAAAAUUUGAAGAUAAAAAUAGGAAAAAAGUAAAGUGUAAGAAAGUGCAUAGAGUAAUUAAAUUAGGCUUCUAAUAAGCUUGAUUUAUUUAUGAAAUAAACAGUCUUCGUUAUAA